CCCAGCCCUUCGAAACCUCGCCAUGGCCGCUCGCGAUUAGCAGGUUUUAACCAUGUUGCAUGCUCCCGCGUGAAUUAACAGCUUGCGUCCACUUUGCGACGCUCGAGAAAACUUCCCCCUCCCUUUUGGACGAAUAUCUUGACUCCCCAUGAUCUCGCACCUCUCUCGUCAAUAUGGACGGUGCUGCAAUUGUGUCGGACGAUCAUCUCGAUCCGCCUUCCAGGCUCUUUGAACGUCUUCGCCAGAUCGCAGGCUACACCUGGGACGACACUCAACCUCCGUUUCACACAUCAUAUGAUAUCUGGCAAGUGGUAGGAACCAGAUUCGUCUCCCCCUUUUCACCACAACCCACUGCCUCUAGUCCCGGAUCCGCCGCAAGGUUACAGUCCGGCCGACCAUCACCGUCCGAAUACCCCGGUCCUCAUGGCAUACUCGGAUCCGUUUCGUCCACCGACGCAAGUAGCGAAUUAACAGCUGGAUCCCCUUCUGCGCUGACCUCGAAUCCGGAGACCCCGUAUGUAGAAGAGCCCGUAGUGGCUCGCAUCUCGUACCACGUACUCCGCGAGGAAAGGACGUUCUACAUAACCAAAAACCUCAUAGCGUCGGUCGACGAUGACGGUGAACAUAUUGCCAAGCCUGUGGACCUCGUCCGCUUGGCAUCUCAGCCCACCGACCGCGGGACGAUUAUCGUCGCCAUAUACCAAUAUGCCGGCCGCAAUGACCUCUUCGACCUGAUAGACAUGGGGCCUGCCUUCUACCGGACCCGCAAGGUCGGCGACCAUUAUGAGGCCUACCGGCAGGAAGACUCCCAACUGAAGCCUCCCAUCAGCCUGCCCAAGUUUAUGGACUUCGCAGUUGGUGCGGCACAGUGCCUGGAAAUUCUUCACUACGGCCAGGGCACCACGCACGGCGAGAUCCGACCAGAUGCAUUCCACUUCAACAUGGAAACGAAUCGAGUCAAGCUCGUCGCACUUGGCACCGGUACCAGGUCUUUCGAGAAUCGACUCCAGAGCUCAGCCUGGUCGAAUUUGUCGAAGGAACUGGGAGCUAAGAACAAGCUGUUGUAUAUUAGCCCGGAGCAGACCGGUCGCAUGCCCGCCGAGCCUGACAGCAGGACUGAUAUUUACUCUCUGGGCAUCGUUUUCUGGACCCUGCUCGCUCAGCGGCCCGUGUUCGAGGGUGACAGCCCCUUGGACAUUGUCCAUUCUGUUUUGAAAGGCAGCAUACCUCGCCUGUCCAAUGUGAGGCAGGAUGUGCCGGCAGUCCUGUGCGAUAUCAUUGAGAAAUGCACUGCCAUGCGGGUGGGAGACCGGUAUCAUUCGGCCAGCGGUCUGCGACAUGACUUGGUCAAGGUACGGCAAUUCUUGAACGAAGGGGAUCGACAAGCCCUCGAUAAAUGGACCAUCGCGGAGAAGGACGUCUCAUCCUUCUUCAUCCUGCCGACCAUAAUGAUUGGCCGUCAAAAAGAGCAGAACGAGUUGCUCAGGGUCAUUGAUCGAGUCGCCAAAAGCCACGCAAUGAGCUCCAAGGCCACUAAUAGCAGAGUCUCCGAAGGAUCAACCCCGUCGACCGAGGUCCCAGACACCGGGACCGUGUCGAGCGAGGGUGCCAGUUCUGCCGAGGGCAACGCCCUGCGUAGCGGGUCGUUCGCGCAAACUUCGUCCUCGGAUCCUAGGCAGACAAGGGCGAGCUUUGUCCCCUCUGUGCUCUCCGACUCCCAGACCAUUUCCGGGGAGACUAUCGCAUCGUCUAAUUCCGGCUCAUUGGCUCGUAUGGCAAGGCCCUGGGAAAGGCACCACUCCGUGUCUGUCGAGGCCAGGAGCUUGGGCGACGGCAUGGGGCCCACAGCCGAGACAAACCGCCAUAGCCUUGCUGCCUCUGCUGAGCCGACCUCAUCGAGCCUUUCGCGACAACUCGGUUCAGCCAAGUUCCGGUGCCGAGGCCUCUGUGAAAUUGUGACCAUAGAGGGCGUUGCGGGUCUGGGCAAAAGCUUCUUAUCCCAGUCCGUCUUCGCGGAAGCCAGAAAAAGGGGCUACUUUGUCACGGCCAAAUUUGACAGUGCGCGCAGGCAGGCUUUUGGGCCUUUGCUUAAGUUGCUGUCCUCGUUAUUCAAGCAAGUCUUCGGCGAGAAGCAUACCAACACCCCGUUCCAUCUUACACUGAAGCAAUGCAUCCGUCCCGUGUGGCCAAUGCUCGCCAAAAUGCUCGGGCUACCCGAGCAUCUUCUUGGAGCCAUUGAUACCUCUCUGGCACGAUCGCCGUCUACUUUUCAGCCGAGGCCCGGCAGGAUAGCGAGCGUCAAGCGGCGGUCGCCGGACAACUCGCCUACACUCUUGCCCCAGAACCCGAGCGUUUCGUCACAGCCAUCACAGGAUCUUCUCCGAGCUGGAACUUCUACAAUGAAUACGCGGUUAAUGAACACUUACCUGGAUGUCCUUCGAAUGUUCACAUCCCACAAGUUCGUUUGUUUUGUCCUCGACGAUCUUCAUUACGCAGACAGCGAGUCUCUGGAACUGGUGUCCCAGAUCAUUGCCGCACGGCUGAAGAUGGUCAUCGUUCUGACCUACCGGCCCGACGAAAUCUCUCCCGAAACAAUCGAGACCAUCAUCAACCCCCUCGAAGCUGACGAGUACACCCGUUCGGGGUGCCCAGUUGUUACGAAAAUCCCUCUGAAUCCACUGAGCGAGAACGAUAUUGUGCAGUACGUUGCGACCACGCUAUGUCGGCCAAAAGAGGAGAUUCAGCCAUUGGCACUCGUCAUCCAGUCCAAGACGGCUGGAAACCCUUUCUACAUGAGGGAGAUGCUCAGCGCUUGUUACCGCAGCAAGACCAUUUGGUACGAUUACAAGGACGGUAACUGGCAUUACGAUCUUGACCGGCUGUUCGACCAGUUCAAGACAGAAGAAGGUUACGAUGUUCUUGAUACGGAUUUUAUCACCCAGAGACUAGAAGAGCUGCCGCCAGCUUCUAGAGCCUUUUUGGCUUGGGCCUCUCUUCUCGGCUACACCUUCUCCUUUGACCUGGUUUGUCGUCUCAUGAGCGGCGAAUUUCAGUAUGCGGAAGAAGAUGGCCAGUGUUCCGAGCCAGGCGAUCGCUGCCCCAUCUAUUCAAACGACGAUGCCGUUGCUGGUCUCCAGGCUGCAGUGACAGCCUGCAUUCUUGUGCCCGGCGAAACCGACGACAGAUUCCGCUUUGCGCAUGAUCGCUACAUACAGGCGUCGGCAAACCUCAAGGAAUGCAAUGCCCGCAAAAUGCGAUUCAUAAUCGCACAAACGCUCCUGAAAUACUAUUCUUCCGAUUCUCGGGCCAGAGAUAUUGCCGCCUCUCACAUUUGCGAUUCCGUCGGCAUUGUCAAGCGACGGGUUCACUGUCGCCAGCCAUUCCGCAAGUUGCUGCUCGAGUGCGCGUUGGCUGCGACGGAAAAUGGCGCCCGGCCCACGGCGGCCAAGUACUAUUCCACAGCAGUUGCCCUUCUGCAGCCCAAUCCGUGGGACGAUAACGCCGUGGAUGUUUCGUACGAUGAGACGAUACGCCUCCAUAUACGAGCCGCGGAAUGCAGUAUCUACAUCAACCAGAACGACGAAGCUUGCGAACUUCUCUCGGCCGUCUUCAAGUUCGCGCGGACGCCGCUUGAUAAAGCUCUUGCCUAUGUGCUACAGGCCAGGAUAUUUGCGCAGGCCGGGGAUGCUAUGGCUGAGGUCCUCUCUCUGGAAGAUUGCCUUCGCACCAUGAAGGUCGACUUUGACAGUAACCCGACGUACGAGAUGUGCGACAGAGAAUUCGAGCGGUUAGCGAUCAAGAUUCAGACCAUGGACAAGGAUGAGCUUAUGAACCCGCCCGUCUCUUCGGACACCAGUCUGCCGUCUAUAGGGGCGGUGCUCGCGGAGGCAGUCGGCUCGGCAUGGUGGAGUGAUAACCUCCGAUACUAUCACCUCGCGCUGGUCAUGCUGGAUCUGCACCUGACCUUGGGGGCAUAUCCGCAGUCGGGUCUUGCCUUUCUAUACUUUGGAAUCAUCGCGCUCUCCCGGUUCAGCAUGGUGGGACUCGCGGUCGAGGUUGGAGACGUCUGCAUUGAGCUGAUCGAUAGAUUCCGCGACCCUUUCUCUAUGGCCAGGGGCUACAUGAUUUACGGGAAUUUUCUCGGGCAUGUCCACUUCCCCAUCUCCGUCGCUCUGGCUCAUCUGGAGGGCUCGGUGGAGUACGCUGCCACGGCUGGUGACAGGAUCUCAUUCAUCUUGAGCGCGGGGUUCUCUGCGCUCCUUAAGCUAUACGCGAGCGAAAAUUGCGCAGACCUCGAGGCGUUUUGCCAAUACCAAUGCGAAGGCAUCCAAGGAUGGAAGGAGGACACAAGGGGUGGCACGCUGCUCAUCGCAGUGCGACAGGUCUGCCGUGCUCUUCAGGGCAAAACGCGGACAGGAGACCCGCAGCAAGUCGUGACGGAUGACAAGUUCAACACAGCUGCUUACAAGUCCUGGCUUUCGGUGAGUUGCCGGAAUGGAAACCGCUCCAUCCUCUUUUAUGAGACGCUUGAGAUUGUCCCGCUCUACCUAUAUGGCCACUACGACCGCGCCAUUGAGAUGGGAGAGGUCUGUUAUGCCAACAUUGACGACUUGUGGUCGUCGCGUAACAGCCGGAUGUUCAUGUUCUUUUAUGGGCUUUCCCUCGCUGGAAGGAUGUUUCGCCGAAUCGAUGACCCAAGGUUCGACCCCACCGCGGAGGAAAUACAAGCGUGCAUCGAGCAGCUCUCGGAACUCACGAGAAGCAUAAAACAGUGGGAAGUGUACAACGGCAUAAACUACGCUGCAUGGUCAAAGAUGCUCGAUGGUCAAAUCUGCGAAUUGCGCCGAGACUUUGGGGGCGCCAUUCGACUCUAUGAAGAGGCCCUAGACAACGUGGAGGAGCAAAACUGCACUUUUGACGAGGCGUUGGGAAACAGUCUCAUGGCAGGCGUCUUCGUUGGCCGGAAAGCGAGGCGGUCAGCCAGAGCCGCGAUGAAGGAGGCCGUCUCCCUUUAUAGAAAACUGGGGGCUGUUGGCGUGGCCAACUACAUCGAGGAGGAACAUGCUCUUUUGCUUCACGGGCCUACGCGCAAUCCCAGGACCGUAGAUGCCGGGGUACAGACAGACUUCGCCGGAGAUACUGGCCCCGCCUCUUUCCGACCUGCAGACAGACAGGAGGCCGAGGAGGUGGCCAUAGCCGCACGGAGUGCGGCGGAUCUCAAGGGUGAGCAAAUCGGAGCCUGGCGCGGCUCGGUGAACAUGCAGACCGAAGCGGGAGCUGGCCUACCUGCACUCGAUAUGAUCGACUUGCACGCGAUCCUCCUCUCUUCCCAAGUCAUCUCGGCCGUCCUCAAUGUGGACCAGCUGCUCGAGACGAUGUGUGACGUGAUACUGCAGACAUGCGGCGGCACGGCAACGCUGGCCGCCAUCGUGGUCCGCGACCCGCAAGGAUGGUGCCUUGCCGCAAGCGGUGACCCCGAACGGGGGGCAAAGACGCCAGAGACGCGCGAGCUCAUUUCUUCGACGCCCCUAGUGGAAGAGAACGUGAUCCUCUACUGCACACGGUUCCGGGAGACGCUCUUCAUUCCCGACAUUCUCAACGAUGAGCGAUUCGGUAACGUGAGCGAGACGUGGUCGCAGAGGAAUCCUCUCAGCAAGGCCAUCAUCGCCAUACCCAUCUCCCGUGGUGCUGGUGAAGAUGGCCUUCUCGGUGUGCUGUAUCUCGAGGGCGAGCCCGGAUCGUUCACAGACCGCAACGUGUCUGUCCUCCAGCUGCUGGUCAACCAGAUCGGCAUUAGCUACUCGAAUUCGCUCGCGAUGAAGGCUGUGGAGAAGGUGUCCAACGAGAACGAGCACAACGUGUUGGCCUUGAAGCAGACGGUAGCCCUUGCUCAGGAGGCGGAAGCCAAAGCCUGGAUUGCCGAAGCCGAGGCGAAACGCAACGUGAAGAUCGCCGAAGAGGCAUCUAGGGCCAAGUCGAUCUUCCUGGCAAACGUGUCUCAUGAGCUGCGGACGCCUCUGAACGGCGUGAUCGGCAACUCGGAACUGCUUCGUGAAAGCAACCUCAACAAGGAGCAGCUCGAGAUGGCCGACUCCAUCCGCGUAUCGGCCGACCUACUCCUAGCAGUGAUCAACGAUAUCCUCGACUUCUCGAGGAUGGAAGCUGGGAAGAUUGAACUGUACGUCAUUGCCUUCAACCCAGAGGAGAUGGUGCGGGAGGUUGUUCGUGCCGUAUCGUACAGCAACCGGCAGAAGACGAAGCAAAAGAAUGUCGCCAUCAUCCAAGACAUUCGUCUGCCGUCGAUGCUCAUAUACGGCGACCCCAUCCGGCUUCACCAGGUGCUAGGAAACCUCAUCAACAACAGUCUGAAGUUCACUGAAAAUGGGUCGGUCAUCAUCGGGGUGUACGUGGAGAAGGAGACGAGUGACAAGGUGACGCUCACGUUCAAGGUGCAAGACACGGGCAUCGGGAUCCCCUCGGAACAGUUGAAGAACCUAUUUCAACCGUUCAGUCAGGGGGAUGCGAGCACGGCGAGGAAGUAUGGGGGCAGCGGACUUGGGCUGAGCAUCUGCAAGUCUUUGAUCGAAACGCUGAUGAAGGGGGAAAUUAAGCUCGAAAGCGAGGAAGGGGUUGGAACGACGGCGUCCUUCUCGGUGACAUUCGAGAAGGCCAAACCGGAUGUGAACGUCGGCGAUGCGCACGCUACGAGGGUCCCUCCACUCAUCGACCGGUUCACUGCCCUUCCGACGGCGCAGCUGGAGCAAUCUCUCAACCCCUUUUUCCAACUGACGACCAUACCAAAGGAUCAGAUCCGGAUCUGCAUCGCCGAGGACAACGCGAUCAACCAGAAGAUAGCGAUGGGAUACUCGUACAGGCUCGGCUAUAAGACGGUGGAUACCUACGAGAAUGGGAUGAAGGCCGUGGAAGGGUUGCGGCAGAAAGCGAAGGAAGGCCAGCCAUAUCACGUUGUUCUCAUGGACGUGCAGAUGCCGGUCCUCGAUGGGUAUGAGGCGACCAGGGUGAUUCGCAGGGAGCCUAUCGAUGCCGUCCGCAAGGUUCUCAUUAUAGCCAUGACGGCGUCGGCUAUUCAGGGGGACCGGGAGAAAUGCCUGGCGGCCGGAAUGAACGACUACAUUGCGAAGCCGGUCCGUGUCGACGUGCUGGAGAAGAAGCUCAACAACUACGUCAGUCCUCGCGGCGCGGCGAUGACGGCCUUGACGCCGCUACGGGGUGCGGCAGCUCGGCGGACGGCAUCCCACCAAACCACACUAGCAAGUCCGUCCCGCGUCAUGGACAAUGACCUGGGCGGCUCGACCGUGCGCUCGGCCUUACCGAUCCGAGAUCAACCGGCAGUCGACAGCCCGACGUCAAGCGACUCGGCCGGAUAUUAGAAUACGUCUGACCGAUUGAUACAGCAGCAGCAGCAGCAGCAGCAGUCCAGUCACAGGCAGACUUGAUCAAUAUGACCAGCCCCG